AUGCCAUACACUGUGGAGAGCGCUCAAGCCGUAGCUGCCGGGUUAUAUCCAGCAGAAGGUGAAAGAGUCUGGACAACUGGUGGGUUGAGCGCCUGGCAACCUUUUUACAUAAGUAUUACGAACGUAGACGCGUAUCAAGACAUUAUCUUUCGUCCAGCAGUAUACGAUUGUCCACCUCUUGAUUCAAAGAUUGCGAAUGAGAGAAAGAUCAUUAAAAAGAAUUUCGAAGAAGCUCAUCGUAGUUUGCUAACAAGACUAGGCUCUCUUACCGGUCUUUCCCCACUGAACUUCUUUAUGUUUGUUAGGUUGUACGGAAUCCAAACGGAAAUUGAUAAUGGACUGCCACAACCAGAAUGGCUCAAGGAAAUGUACGAAGGUAAGGAAAUGAUAGAUUGGAUUCGAGAAGCAAAGACUAUGGCGAGGAUGAGCUACUUCAAUACAAAAGAAAAAGCACGAGUACGGUAAGU